GGAGGCGACGGCGACUAAUAGGGUGUCGGGAAAAGAGCCAAAAGAUCUUUGAACUGCCGGUAGUCACCAGCAGCCGAGCAUCUGCUCAGCAGAACCUCCAACUUCCAAGAAAUACUUACAUUUGGAAAAGGAAGGUUCCAGCCAGAAAGCCGUUAUUCCAUGUUCGGGGACAUACGGCUUAAUCUUCGGAACUGUGACGGACCCUAUCCCGAAAGAAUGAUGCAACCAGAGAGGAGUGCCCAGAGUUUUGGCUAUAAAUAUAGGCAAAAUUCUUUCACAUAUGAUGUCAAGCGAGAUGUGUACAAUGAGGAGACCUUUCAACAGGAACAUAGAAGGAAGAGUAUUUCCUCUGGGAACUUGGACAUCGACAUUACCACCUUCAGACAUCAUGUCCAGUGCCGCUGCUCAUGGCACAAAUUCCUGAGAUGCAUACUAACGAUCUUUCCUUUCCUGGAGUGGGUGUGUUUGUAUCGGUUCAAGGAUUGGCUUAUUGGAGACUUACUUGCUGGUAUAAGUGUUGGCUGUGUGCAAGUUCCCCAAGUCCUGACAUUUAGUUUGCUGACCAGGCAACUGAUUCCUCCUCUCAAUGUCUGUUAUGCAGCUUUCUGUUCUUCAUUAAUUUAUGUCAUUUUUGGAUCAUGUCAUCAAAUGUCCAUUGGUUCCUUCUUCCUUGUGAGUGCUCUGAUGAUCAAUGUCCUGAGAUUGUACCCAUUCAACAGUGGCCACCUGGUUCUGGGAACUUUCAUCAAGGAAGACUUUUCUGCACCCUCCUUCCUUGUGGAUUAUAACAGAUCCUUGAGUGUGGUGGCAUCCACAACUUUUCUGACUGGGAUUAUUCAGCUAUCGAUGGGCUUGUUGGGUUUUGGCUUCCUUGCUACGUACCUUCCGGAGGCUGCAAUCAGCGCUUACCUGGCUGCCGUGGCGCUACACGUUAUUCUGUCCCAGCUGACUUGCAUCUUUGGCAUUAUGAUCGGUUUCCACUCUGGUCCCAUCUCCUUCUUCUACAACAUAGUUAACUACUGUGCAACUCUCCCAAAAGCUAAUUCUACCAGCAUCCUGCUAUUUCUAACUGCUGUUGUUGCGCUGAGAAUCAACAAAUGUAUCAGAAUUUCUUUCAAUCGGUACCCAAUUGAGUUUCCCAUGGAAGUUUUACUGAUUCUUGGCUUCGCUGCUUUUGCAAACAAGAUAACCAUGGCAACGGAAACCAGCAAGAUGCUCAUUGAUAUGAUUCCUUAUAGCUUCCUGUUUCCUGUGACGCCAGAUUUGAACAUUCUUCCUGAACUUAUUUUAGAAGCCUUCUCCUUAGCUCUAGUGAGCUCCUCUCUGCUCAUAUUUUUGGGCAAGAAGAUUGCCAGUUACCAUAACUACCAUGUGAAUUCCAACCAGGAUUUAAUAGCCAUCGGCCUUUGCAAUGUCGUCAGCUCAUUUUUCAGAUCUUGUGUGUUUACUGGUGCUAUUGUCAGGACUAUUAUCCAAGAUAAGUCUGGAGGAAGACAACAGUUUGCAUCUCUGGUAGGCGCAGGUGUGAUGCUGCUCCUCAUGGUGAAGGUGGGACGCUUUUUCAAUGAACUGCCAAAUGCUGUGCUGGCUGGUAUUAUUCUGAGCAACAUCCUACCGUACCUUGAAAUCAUUUACAACCUACCCAGUCUGUGGAGGCAGAACCAAUAUGAUUGUAUCAUUUGGUUGGUGACAUUCACAUCUGCCAUUUUCCUGGGACUGGAUGUUGGACUACUUGUUUCAAUAGCUUUUGCCUUCUUCAUCAUCACUGUUCGGUCACACAGAACUAAGAUUCUCCUCCUGGGUCAGAUCCCUAACACUAACAUUUAUAGAAGCUUCAAUGACUAUCGGGAGGUUACAAACCUUCCUGGGCUGAAAAUCUUCCAGUGCUGCAACUCCAUCACAUUUGUCAAUGUUGAUCACCUAAAGCACAAGCUGUUGAAAGAGGUCGAAAUGGUAAGGGUGCCUCUUAAAGAAGAAGAAAUGUUCCGCCUAUUUAAUCAAAGUGAAGAAGGCUCACAGGAAGAAAGAAUUUGUCAGUGUUUCUGCAACUGUGACGAGCUAGAGCCACCACCCAGGAUUGUCUACACGGACAGAUUUGAAAGUAGACGGGACCAUGACUCUUCCUCCAUUAACCUGAUCCGCUGCUCACGUUUUGAGAGCAUGAACAUGAGCCAGUCCAUUUCCGAUGACCAAGGACCAUACACCAUAUCUUCAAUGCCUCACAGAAAUCACGGUCAAAACUACGAGGACAUGGACAAAGCUUGGCUUUCUAAUAACCCCUCUAGAAACAACUCGAUGCCACUGCCUGGCACUGCUGAAAACCAGGAGAGGAGGAGAUCAUUCCUUCCCCACUCAGACAGCUCUCUACCCAGCAUCCACACCAUUAUCCUGGAUUUCUCCAUGGUACAUUUUGUGGAUUCACGGGCUUCGGUGUCGUUAAGACAAAUGUGCAAUGCUUUCCAAAAUGCCAACAUUUUGGUACUCAUUUCAGGGUGUCAUUCUUCUGUGGUCAGGGCAUUUGAGAGGAAUGAUUUCUUUGACGCUGGCAUCACCAAGGCCCAGCUGUUCCUCACCCUCCACGACGCUGUGCUGUUUGCCUUGUCAAGGAAGUUUCCAGAGUCAUCCGAGUUAAGCAUGGACGAAUCUGAGACAGUGAUACAGGAAACCUUCUCAGAAACAGACAAGAAUGAAGAGUCAAAACAUAAAAUGAGCAGCGGUCUUCUAGAAGUCUCCAAAAACAUAAAUCCAGAUUACACCAUGAUGCAGAGACCAAUAACAGAGGAGGACUUGGAGCUAGACCUGGAGCUGGAGCCCACACUGGAGUCAGAACAAGAAACUGGGCUAGAUCUAGAGCUAGACCUGGAUCAUGAGAUGGAGCCUGAGUCAGAGCUAGAGCUAGAGCCUGAACCAGAGCUAGGGCCUAGAUUGGAGAUGGAGCCUGAGUCUGAGUCCAUGCCCAGACCAAGGGCUCAGACUUUUCCUCGGCAGCAGUACUGGCCUCUGUAUCAGUCUAUGCCUCCUGGCUCCCCAAGUCAGGCUCGGCCUAGGACACAGUCAUUGGAGAGGAGGCAUCAGGGUCUGAAUUCAUAUUCACCCAAGGGCAAUAACACUUAGGAAAUGAACUGGGAAUAAGGAGUAAGAUUCCCUUGGCAAAUCCUCCUUCCCUUCCCAAUGGCUUCACUUGGUCAGAAGACCUAGACUAGUUACAUACUAGCAAUCCUUGUUUUGGGACUCCUCUACCUGCUGGGUUCAGCACUGGGAUCUUACUCCCAGAUCACAACGCUAAAUACUAAGAAUUAUCUCUGAAUUCCCUACCUAGGCUUACCUUAUUUCACCUUCAGCAGAUAUUCUAGUGAAAGAUUUUCUUCUUUGCACUCCCCAUACUUCUGAGGAUACUGUCCAACCAUCUCUAACUUACUCCUCUCAUCUCUGUUUCCCUUUCUCCAAAGAGAUGAGGUUCAAAUAAAAUAUAUAACUCUUGUUAUAUUUGGACCCCUCCUGCAUCUUUUCCCUUCUCUGUAUUCUGUAUUCCUAAGGAAAUGUUGGGUGGGAGAAAUUCCAGAAGUGGGUGGACAUGGUGAAGAAGAGAUGAGCAAGAAAAGGAAAACCCAGAUAGCAUUUGUAUUUUAUAUGCAAGGUAUCUUCACUGUGCUGAUGGUAGAAAUAGGG